AUGCAAUACGGUAUCAGAAAUCUGUUAUGCUUUCCCAAUGAAAUUCUGGAGAUGAUCACGCAACAUUUAGAGUAUGCCUAUGAGAUUAAUUCUCUUUCACGAACAUGUCGACGCCUCUAUAGCGUCCCCAACUGCUGUCUCUUCGCGCAUUAUGCUAAAGAAUGUUCUCCGCCUGGACUUGAGCGCAUUGUUAGGAACGACAACACGGGCGCACUCUACAAGCUCUUGGUUAAUGGACUUGAUUUCGAUCAAUACUUUCGCAUGACAGGACGCUCGACGCCCAUCAUAUUGGCUGUCGAUAAGGAUCUGUCAAGAACUGCGCAGUUGCUUGUUGUUUACAGUGAGGUUUUUCUGCAAAACGACCGAUGCAAGUAUGGCUCGUCGCUCGGCAGCCCGGACCACAAGGCACAUAGAGAUGACCUCGAAAGAACUCUUUAUCGUGCUGCGAACAAAGGCAGUUUGGGCGUUGUCAAAGUGCUCGUGUCUUCUGCGGCAGUGGAAAAUUGGCAAAAGGCCAUUGCUCUCGCUUACGCGGUCGAUCGAGGCCACUUGGCCGUGGCUAGGUGCUUGAUCGAAGAGGGAAAGGUCAAUGUCAACCAAAAGAUUUGUCUGACCGGUUUCUUUGCAUCAUUUCUCGCACAAUCAGCGAGUCGGGGAGCUUUGGAAAUGGUGAAGCUUCUCGUGGAGGCAGGCGCUGCCCUUGAUUGCCCGAGCUUCCAGCGCAUGGUAGAGUCCCCUCUUUGCAUCGCUGCUGCCAGAAAUCAUGGAGCUAUAGUACAAUAUUUGAUUGAGAUGGGCCUGCGCUUCCCGCGUGUGAAGUUCUUUGACAUUUUGGAUUUAGCAGAAUUUUCUGACAUGCCAAACUACACGAUCUGGAAUUUGGUAAAGGGGGGGGGUGAUCUUCAGGCAAUCAUGACUGGCCCUCAGUAUCAAGGCUGUGGGGGCUACGCCCGAAGCUGUUUCUACAGGGUGAUCGCAGCCUGCAAUAAUCAGCCUCUCUAUCAAGAAUGCUGGGAUAUGCGGGGUGCAUCACACGAUUGGCAGCAUUUAAGGAGUAGUUUCGGAAUCGCUGUCCUUCAUGGAAAUUUGGCUCUUGCCCGAUACAUCGUCGACGAGAUGGUAAAUUCUCACCGGAUACUUUGGGGACGCGAAUGGUCGAAUUUCAUCUCUUACACAAUAUCCUAUGAGAGUGUUCCCGCCUUUGAUUUGUUGUUAAAUCGCGGGCCACCAGGAGAUCUACCAGAAGCUAUGAAGGGCUGGUUGAAUGAUGUGCUCGCCGAAGCGAGGGGUUAUCCCGAGCACAUGGCGGCCCUUCUGCGUCAUGGUUAUCUGGACGAAACAAAAGAUAUCUGGAUACUCAAGGACAUGCUUGCGGGCGCGUUCGAAGUUGGCAACCUUGCAUUUGUAUGGCGUCUCAUAGAACACGGCGAACUGGGUCUCCUCGAUGCACUCAACGGCCCGGAUCUUGAGCACCACGACCAGGCGGUCUUGCACAUUGCAGCGCAGUACAGUCCCCGGAAAACCUUCCAAGAAUUCCUGUCUACCGGAAAUCUAACCCUAGACCCGAGUCACCCCACUCAUUGCGCCGCGCUGGUCAGCGCAGCUGUGGGAACGAACGUCUAUGUUGUUAGUUACUUUCUGGAUGCAGGCUUUGAAUUUAAUGCCUUGUACGAAGCGUCCGCGUCAAAAGAAGAUCACGUGCCGGAGGCUUUGAUGAUCCAAGUGGCAACAGCACACGCCAGCACAGAUGAUUAUCUCGAUAAAAGAACUUGUGAGGAUGCCGCAGCAACAAUGAUGUUCUUUCUUGAUCGCGGGGCUCAGAUAGACACACAAAGUUCGCGAGGGCGGACAGCGUUAUCUCUCGCAUUGGAGAACGGCAACCCCGAACUCGCUAAGGCGCUGCUCAACAGAGGCGCAGACCCCCUGAUUGCACUCGAAUCGCACGAUAAUCUCAGUGCAUUGGAACAACUAGUCCUGAUUUUCAUACGGCAUGAGUACGAUGUGAGCCAUCUCGACAUGCUGCAGGCUUCCCUAGAGACGAUGGCUGCUAGAAACUAUCAAAGUGAUGAUUUUUUCCGCCUUAUGCCGAGCAUUGAGGGUACACUUUCUCGACCGAUCGUAAUCUCACAGAUUGAAGACGCUCCGAAUGUUAAGGGUCCCAUAGCAUUGCCAUACAACGAGGACAAGGACUAUGUGCGUUGGUCACAUUUCUUUCUGAUCAGGGAAUUGAGAAAACAAUAUUGGCGGGCCAAGCAUCCAGUAUCGUCUGAAUAA